GGCAGCAGCCAAUCGCAGAUUGGAUAGAAUUGUUAUGACGACUCCUGCUGGCCAAUGGGAGUGAAAAAUGCAGGGCAACAGAGGGUACAGAAUGGAACAGCAGAAUCAUGCUCCCCGGAGACAGCAGCAUCAGCAACAACAUCACCACCAACAUCAGCAGGCAGAAACCACUUCACCCACCAAUGGUCAGCAGGCUACCAGCCCCAAUGAAGGUGUCACAAUUGACCUGAAGAAUUUCCGUAAACCCGGUGAGAAGACUUACACUCAAAGAAGUCGCUUGUUUGUGGGUAAUCUGCCAAUGGAUGUUACUGAGGAAGAAAUGCGUAAACUGUUUGAAAAAUAUGGCAAGGCAGGAGAAAUCUUUAUCCACAAAGACAAAGGUUUUGGAUUCAUCAGACUGGAAACCCGUACCCUGGCAGAGAUAGCCAAAGCAGAGUUGGAUAACCUGCCUCUACGUGGAAAGCAAUUACGUGUGCGGUUUGCCUGUCAUAGUGCUUCCCUGUCUGUCAAGAACAUCCCUCAGUUUGUGUCAAAUGAGCUGCUUGAGGAGGCUUUCUCCAUCUUUGGUCAAGUUGAGAGGACAGUAGUAAUCGUUGAUGACCGUGGACGAUCCACCGGAAAAGGAAUUGUGGAGUUUGCAUCAAAACCAUCUGCGCGAAAAGCUCUAGACCGUUGUAGUGAUGGUGCUUAUCUUCUCACUUCGUUUCCUCGUCCUAUAACUGUGGAGCCCAUGGAUCAACUUGAUGAUGAGGAGGGAUUGCCUGAGAAACUGCUUGUGAAGAAUCAGAUGUGUCAAAGGGAGAGGGAGCAACCUCCUCGCUUUGCUCAGCCUGGUUCUUUUGAAUACGAAUAUGCUAUGCGCUGGAAAGCCCUUAUUGAAAUGGAGAAACAACAGCAAGAGCAAGUUGAUCGGAACAUUAAGGAAGCACAAGAGAAGAUGGAGAUUGAAAUGGAAGCAGCAAGACACGAGCACCAAGUUAUGCUUAUGCGUCAAGAUCUAAUGAGACGUCAGGAAGAGCUCCGCCGAAUGGAAGAACUACACAGUCAAGAAGUCCAGAAACGCAAGCAAAUAGAGCUCAGGCAUGAGGAGGAGCGCAGAAGGCGUGAGGAAGAGACACGCCGACAACAAGAGGAGAUGUUAAGACGUCAGCAAGAAGGCUUCAAGAACAGCUACCCUGAUGCUCGAGAAGCUGACAUAAGAAUGGCACAGAUGGCAAUGCCAGGUGCAAUUGGAAUGAAUAAUCGUCCUUCCCUGGCCAACAGCAAUGUUGCAAGUGGUGCUGCAGCUAACGCUGGACCUGGUGCAAUGAUGCCAGAAGCAGCAGCAAUUGGAAUGACAUCACCACCAACUGAACGUUUUGGGCAAGCCCCCAACAUAGAAGGUCUCGGUGGAGCCAACCCACCUGCUUUUCCCCGGGGUACUCCAGGGGCUGAUUUUGGUCCCAACAAACGUCGGCGAUAUUAAAAUUUGUGGUUUAAAGCUAGUAAGACUGCUUUUUGUAUUGGUAGGUUUAAGGACAGUCUCUGGUGCAGAUGGACUGGUUCCAAUUUUUUUUUUUUUUUUUUACUAUUGGAAUACUGAGCAGAUACAUUUCUUUUAAUGUGACACCUUUUAAAAUGAGAAAUGUUGAUACCGUUUAUCACCUGGUCCUGGUGCGUGCCCUAUUUUCUCUAUCAUGCAGCCUAAAUCUUUGCAUUGUGAGUUGGAAUGUUUCUGCCCAGACUUCCGGCUGAGAGACCUGUUUUUAAGUAUGUUUUUGUAAUUUUUUUUUUUUUUUUUUUUUAAUUCUAUUCUGGACCAUACAAUUUUUAUGUACGUUGUAAGGCUUUUUCCUGAUUGGAUUGAGGCCUGUCAGCUUGGAUAAUAUAGGGCCCUUAACUCAAUUCAUGUGUUCUCUGCUGUUGGCACACCUUUCCUUGUGUCAUCCUUUUUUUUUUCUGUUUCUCCAUAGAAUGGUAGGAGAAACUUAAUGGUUCUCUGGAUGUCUAAGAUGUGGUAACAGUUGACAAAUAAAUGGAAUUUUAAGCCUU